AUGAGCAACUUUAACGACGACUCUAUCAAGAACAACCUCGAGUGGGUCUCCAACCUGUCUAUCGACAUUGAGCCAGCUGCAGUCCGCAAAUCGUCCAUUAUCUGCACCAUUGGUCCCAACACCAACAAGGUCGAGAUGAUUACCGCGCUCCGCCGCCAGGGAAUGAACAUUGUUCGCAUGAACUUCAGUCACGGUUCGUAUGAGUAUCACAAGUCGGUCAUCGACAACACUCGCCAAAGUUACAAGGAGGACUCUGGCAGAGCUGUAGCCAUCGCACUCGACACUAAGGGCCCAGAGAUCCGCACUGGGCUGAUGGCCGGCGGGACAGAUGUGCCGUUUACUGCUGGUCACACAAUGACGUUUACGACAGAUGAGCGUUAUGCAGAGGCAUGUACGAAGGAAGUUCUCUACAUCGACUACAAGAACAUCACCAAGGUGCUGGUUCCUGGCAAGACCAUCUAUAUCGACGACGGUGUCAUGUCUUUCAAGGUUCUCGAGGUGAAUGAUAUUGACUUGAAGGUCGUGGCCCUGAACAACGGUAAACUCUCGUCCAAGAAGGGUGUGAACCUGCCCAAGACCCGUGUCGAUCUUCCGGCGCUGUCGGAGAAGGACAAGCUCGACCUCGAAUUUGGAAUUGAGCAGAACGUGGACAUGAUUUUCGCAUCGUUCAUUCGGUCUGGCGAGGAUGUCCGAGAGAUUCGCCGGGUCCUGGGUGAUGCCGGAAAGCAUAUCAAGAUCAUCUCGAAAAUCGAGAAUCACCAGGGUGUCGAUAACUUUGACGAUAUCCUGACCGAGACUGACGGUGUCAUGGUUGCCCGUGGUGAUCUCGGCAUUGAGAUUCCUUGCUCGACCGUCUUCCUAGCCCAAAAGAUGAUGAUCGCAAAGUGCAACAUUGCAGGCAAGCCUGUCAUCUGCGCCACCCAGAUGCUUGAGUCCAUGACGUACAACCCUAGACCCACUCGUGCGGAGGUGUCGGAUGUGGCUAAUGCUAUUUUGGACGGAGCAGACUGCGUCAUGUUGUCAGGAGAGACCGCCAAGGGAAUCUACCCUCUGGAGGCUGUGAGAACCAUGCACGAGACCUGUAUCCUGGCCGAGUCGGCAAUCUGCUACCCACCACUCUUCAACGAGCUCCGUGACUUGACGCCCAGGCCCACAAAGACCACCGAGACUGUGGCUUCCUCGGCCGUCUCAGCAGCACACGAACAGGCUGCUGGUGCCAUUAUUGUGUUGACGACCAGUGGAACGACCGCACGUAUGGUCAGCAAGUACCGUCCCAAAUGCCCCAUCAUCUGCUUGACCCGCAAUGCGUCGACUGCACGACAGGUUCACUUGCACCGUGGGUGCUACCCAUUCCACUAUAGCAUCGAGCGUGGUGCCGACUGGCAAGAAGAUGUCGAUGCUCGUUUGCGUUACGGUAUGGAGGAAGGUAUUAAGGCUGGUUUGCUCAAGAAGGGCGAUGUUGUGGUAAUGAUCCAGGGCUGGAAGGGCGGUCUGGGCAACACCAACACCCUUCGUGUCCUCCACGCCGAGUAA